AUGCCUAUGGGCAUUGAUGGCAUCCGAUACGCGAACGGAAAUAUCUACUAUACUAACAUCUUCGCCAACCAGUUCUAUAAGAUGCCCGUUGACGCCGAAGGCAAGAAGACCGGAACCGCAACUCAGAUCUGGGGUAACCAAAUGGCGGAUGACAUGUAUGUUUCGCCAGAUGGUAUUGCUUAUGUCGCAGCCUCGAGCGGCAUUCAAAAGGUCACUGCAGAUGGCAAAGUUAGCACGGUGGCUUCGAUCAAGAGCGGGACUGCGGUUACCAUUAGUGCUGAUAAGAGUACGCUAUUUGUUGCGGGAAGCGACGGCGCCAUCUCUUCUUUCAAGGUUCCAGCGUAG